CAUAUCUGUAAUGUGGCCUAUCGUAUCGGUGAAACCUGGUCAAAUCGACUCGGAAGCGAUAGGACUGGAUGGAGGGAUGAAUAACGAUAAAGAACGUAAUUUCGCGACCGUCACGCUGUUAUCUCAAUUAUGUUUCGUCGGCAUUAUCGGUGACCGCGAACACCGCCGUUACAGUAGAGCGUGCCUCGUAGCACACGAACUGUGAAUCGCGUUACGUUGACGAUCCCACCGAGCCGCGGCACGAGCACGGUUGUUGUCAAGACUCUUUUCGGCUGGCAUGACGGAUGCGAGUCGAGCGAGAUCUUGCGUAAUUUAAUUAACGAAUCCAGCCAGCAGCGUCAGUAAUCGAAAGGCGUUUCGUGUCGCUUCCUGUAUCAUAAUAUGAUGCCCGUGUUGCCCCGAGUCGAUCGUCCAGCGUUCCAUACGUACGUAUGUUGAGAAAACAGCUUCCCGUUCACGGGCGAGUGAAUAAUGCAUUCCAUACCGUUCACUUUCUCCAUGAGGCUUCCAUGUGACUCCCUGUGAUAAGAUUGCGGUAUCCCGAUUGACGGAUACGACAUGAUUGACGCAUUUUUGCAGACGCAACGAAACCCUGAAGAUAGCCAGAAUCCAUGUAUAACAAAUAUCUAUUGACGUGUACUACGACCUGCGGAAUACUCUUAAGGUGACAUCUGGUUUUGUCAUGCGGAACAGAUCAGUCAGUAUUAUUUUUGGGUCCCUUGUUUUAUGGGCUGUAGCUACGUACUUUUUAUUUUUGGAUCAGCAGUCAGUUGGCAAGGACCUGGAUAAGGAUAAGCUGUCAAAUCAAAUUAGCAGAUUGGAGAAACAAGUGAAACAACAGAUAAUUAUAAAUCAGAGACUUCUUGAAGGAAUCAACGAGAGUAAACGUCGUAAAAAGGAAUACGACAGAUUAAACGCUCCAGUCCAGUCACCAGCAGACGACACAGGGAAGAAUGAGUACAAAAAGCAUGAAGUCAGAAAGCCUGAUAGUAUCCUAUUGCAAAAGCUCAUGGAUAAAAAUGAUCGAGAAAAGUCGAAAAAUGAACCGAUGUCGACACAGGAUAUCAUCUCAUCUACUGAACCAGUACACAGUAUUCCUUCAAGACAGAAGCUACCCAACGGGAAUCCGAUAAUAGCAAUCUUGGUUAUUUCCUGUAAUCGUAUUACGGUAGAGCGGUGUUUAGAUCAAUUAAUAAGAUUAAGACCCGACAAAGAGCAGUUUCCAAUAGUUGUGUCGCAAGACUGCGAUCACCGGCAAACUGCCGAUGUCAUAGCAAGAUAUGGAAACGAAUUGUUACAUAUAAAGCAACCUGAUCAAUCGGAUAUCGAGAUCCCACCGAAGGAGAAGAAAUUCCGAGGAUAUUUUAAAAUCGCGCGUCACUACAAAUGGGCGUUAAAUCAAGUAUUUAUAAAGCUUGGAUAUAGUACUGCAAUUAUAGUCGAAGAUGAUCUGGACAUUGCUCCAGACUUUUACGAGUACUUCCUGGGAACUUAUCCGCUACUAGUGAACGAUAGCUCUCUAUGGUGCGUGUCAGCGUGGAACGACAAUGGUAAAGCCGGUUUGGUGGACGAGAGUGCGCCAUUUUUACUUUAUAGGACAGAUUUCUUCCCUGGCUUAGGUUGGAUGCUCACGCGUGAUUUAUGGUUGGAGCUUGCACCAAAAUGGCCCAAGUCAUAUUGGGACGAUUGGAUAAGGCAACCAGAGCAGCGUAAAAACAGAGCUUGUAUCCGCCCAGAAUUAUCGCGAACCAGGACAUUCGGCAAACUUGGAGUCAGCAACGGCUUGUUCUUUGAGAAACACUUGAAGUACAUCAAGCUGAAUGAAAAAUUUGUGCCUUUCACCAAGAUGAAUCUUUCCUAUUUGUUAAAAGAUAAUUAUGAUAUAGCUUUCGUCAACCAAGUGUACGAAUCGACGGUGGUUAGCUACUCGGAAUUAAAGAGUGGGAAUAUAGUUGGUACUGGUUCAGUGCGGAUACCCUAUUACACUCGUCAAUCGUUUAAAAACACUACCAAGCUGCUUGGUUUGAUGGACGAUUUCAGGAGCGGCGUACCUAGGUCUGGAUAUCGCGGUGUAGUGACGUUCUUCUACAACGGGAGACGCGUGCAUUUAGCUCCAAGCGCAAACUGGAGCGGUUACGAUAUCACGUGGAGCUAACACACGAUUAUGCUCUACAGAGACUUAUAGAUUGCGUAACGAUACCGUGUGUUGCAUUUCCUCUCAUACUCGAUGGGCUAGAUGAGUAUGUUGAUCGCGAGAAAUUGAUUGACGAGGUGCUUGUGUUUGUCCACGGCACGUGGCUGUGCUCCUUGGAAUUGAAGACAGCGUUGCGAUCGGUUUCGAAUGUGAUCCGUCUCGCAGACAGCGUGGCGUAUGUUUCAGUGAGCUUAUAGCUAAGUUUGUACAUACGACGUCUACUUAUACAGAAAGAAAUACUCUUUCUCUCUCGCGCGCGCUUCUCAAAAGUUUAUGCUUCUCGUUUCCGCGUUUACGCUCAAAUGACAAAUACAGUUGGUUGCCAAUGUAAAAUUGAUCUCCGAUCUCGUGUACAUAAAGUGUCGUAACAGUACUGACAAAGCAAUACUUUGAUUAAUUGCCACGUAUUCUUCAAAAUAACGAUAUGUUGAUCUAUUUUUGCUCGUGCUGCUGUGGCGAUCGGUUUUCUUAUCAGGUCAUGUAAUAUGUAUAUAUAUAUAUGACAAAUGAAAUACAUAUAUAUAAUUAUGAAAAA